AAACAACUCCCUCGACCAUUUGGACGUUAGACGAUAGAGAAGGAAGAGAUCAGUGAUGCCAAAACCAAUACACGGACCCGUGAUCCCAACCCGUGGGGUACGGAAAGUACAGGAACCAGACGAAGAGGGCUUCGAUAGCUAUUGCACGAUCUGCGACCAUCUCAUCCCCCUCGCUUCCCUCUCCCAGCUCUACUGCUCCGAACGCUGCCGCAAAACCGACACAGCAUCCCACCCCCUCUCCUCCACGAACCCCCACUCCCUCUCCUCCUCACCCACCACAAAUUCAUUCACACCGCACGAAUGGCCGGAACCACCACCGAGUAUUAUUGUGCCGCCUGCGGUACCGACGCUGUUAUCCGAUCAUCGCCCGAGUUUUAGUAGUCCGGCGUUGAGUGGCCGCAUUCCACUCACGCCAGCCUCGGCACCCAUGAGUCGGCAAAACUCCGCAAACGGCACAUCCUCUGCACCCCUCACAUUCACAACCACAACGAGCGCAACGACAGGUGGGUUACCGACGAUUGGAUCACUCGCCGCCCGACCACCGAUGCUGAUGCACACUAAAACCGCACCCGCGGCCCCACAGCUCAACUCGAUCCAGUCGUACUCCUAUUCCUCCUCGCCCGCUGCCGCAGCUGCGUUAUCGAGUUCGAUGGGUGGGAUGCAUCCGGCGUUGAGGCCGUUACCGCCCUUACAUGCUAUGAGUUCAUCCCCGCGGAGUCUGGAUCUCGUUGUCCCGCUCUCGAGUCCACGAAACUCGGGUACCGGCACCGCGACAGCUGGGGUAGGGAGUAUUGGGACGGGAUUCGGAGAAAAGGUUGGAGGAAGGUCUAGGAGUAAUAGUACCCUGAACCCAAAUCCGGCGCUUAACCCACCUGCAACUACGUCGGUGGGAACGAACGGUCCAGACACGGAUCUCUAUUUCGGAAAGAUGUAUCGUACUCCAUCAUCCUCAUCCUCGCACUCUGCGGGAGGAGCGGGGUUGAAGAAGUUGUUUUACUUCAAGGAGGUACAGCGCGUUCCCAGCGAACUCACGUUGGCGAAUGCGGGGAGGAGUGCGCCGGUUGGUGAGGGGGAGGGGGUGUUGAGUCCGGAGGGGGAGGUCAUUGGGGUUGAUGGGAUGUUUGGGGAGAUGGAGGAGGGGGAGAGGAUGGAGUGGCCGCGGUGAGGGCGAGGGGGGAAUAGACAGAGAAGACAAGAUAAGAGAAGAGAGCAUUGGUGGAGGAUUGUAAGAGGAUUGUAAGGUUUGUCGAGACUGGGAUAUACUGGCGGGAGUUCUUUGCUUUUGAGCGUCUCUUUUUAUUCGAUAUGGUUAACAUGCUGGGCAUGUGCAACUUGCAUUCAUAGAUAUCGAUACAUGUAUAGGAUAAGGAUAUGGG